AUGGGAACCCUAGGCAGAGCAUUUUCCACCGUCGGAUUUUGUAUCCGUGAGACCGUAUCAAGGCAUCGGACACUGAUGAAUGUGUUUGAUAAGGCUCCGAUUGUGGAUAAGUUAUAUGGUUUUGGGCUUAGGUUGUCCUUCGUACGGAAUGCUGUUAUGUCACUGAGCAUUGUUACUUUAUGGGAUGUGAACACCAUUAUUGUUGGAUCAGGAACUAAUAUUCAGGACAACUCACUUGUGCAUAUGGCAAUAUCAAACUUAAGCGGGAAAGUGCCACCAACCAUCAUCGGAGACAAUAUCUGUAACCGAUGCACUGUUGAGGAUGAUGCCUUAUCGGGAUGGGUGCAACACUUCUUGACGGUGUGGGCGUUGAAAAGCAUGGCUUGGUUGCUUUGCGACAAAACACUAGAAUUCCUUCUGGAGAGAUAUGGGGAGGAAACCCAUCAAAGUUCCUCAGGAAGCUCCGUAAUAAGGAAAUUGAUUUUUUUUCCCCCAAAGUCAGCUGAAAAGUAUUCAAACCUGGAGAAGGUUCACGCUGCAGAGAAUGCAAAGCCACAAAAUGCGAUCGAGUUCGAGAAGGGUCUACGCAAGAGGUAG